ACAAGUUGAAACACACGUGUGUCACAACCUGGUUUUGAAACUAUUUGAAAUAUACAGAGAAGGAAUGUUUAUUUGACAAUUUCUGGUUGAUACUUUUUAAAAACGCUUUCCCAAGACAUUGCAGUAUUGGGGCAAGUAGAAAUUACCUCUCCAAAAACUGCUUUUCCCUAUCUUCUCUGCUUGGGGGGUGGAGUUCUGGGUUACUAGAUACUGCAUUUCCCAUUUGUGUUACACCCUGUGUAGGUUAGAGAUGACCAGAUGGUGUAAUAUGAUCACAGCACAGUGUUCUGACAAGCGAUUCUCUUCUGAUAGAAUGAGUUUUACAAAUGCAGUUACAACUACUUCUUUUCAAGUUUAAGCAUGAUAUUUAGAAAUUCUAAGUAUACUGUGUUGUGUACAACUUAUAGUCUUCCUUGUCUGUGAUAACUUGUCAUGCUGAGACUGCUUGUCAUGCUUGAGUUAUGAUAUGGUCUAAGCUCAGGCUUACUUAAUCAGAUUUCUGUCUUGAAUCUUAGCACAUUCAUUGUCAAUCCCUCCCCUGUCCCCCAAAACACAAACCAGUAAUUUUAAGAAUGGCUGCUUUCAGCUCUCUGGGUUUGUGAAAUGUACUAUUUUUGAUUUUUCAUCUAAACUUUUUCUUGAAAAGAAAGAAGUGUUUGUUAGUGAAUCGUGUAGGAGUUGGUGGAAUUAUUCCUGUAGACUUUUUGUCAAAAUUCCCCAGGUGCCUUUCUAAGAAUUAAAUUAUGGUAUGUUAUUACCAUGACAGCUUUUUUAAAGUUCAUUGGGUUUUUUUGUACUUCACUUGUUCCAGCAAGCACUUGAAUGCUGCAGUUUGAUUACUGCUUCCUUGGUAUUAAUCAAGCUCUCUGUGAUUUUUAAUGCAAGUAGCUUAGGGUUUUUUUGUUUUGUUUGAGGUUUAGAUUUCUAUUUGCAGUGAGAUGGCUCUGCCAUUAUGUUCACACAUUUGAAAUUGGGUCUCAAAGGUUCAUUUUUUGACAAUCCACCUAGGUCUUGUUGGCUCUGGGAAUUUCUCACUUGGAAUAGGAAGCGAUACUGCCAACUAGCAGAAUUACAUCUAGCAAGCAUUGGGUUGUUACAGUUCUUUGGGGGAGAUGCCUACGUAACAUACGUUGCCAGCAAUUAUACUAAAUACUUCACUGCUGAACCAGUUGCUCAGGUACCCUGCCUGUCUUUGUUGCUAUGGGAGAUUGGAAGACUAUUACUGUGCCAGUGCUGUCAUCAGAUAGCAAAAAUAUUUUUCAAUAUACCUCAGAAAAAAAGAUAUCUUGCCCAAGCAUGAACUCACAAGUGCUAUGCUUGCCACUGCCUUCAUCUAAAAGCAUGCACAGCUUUUAUAGUGCCUUCUGCACAGAAGAGAAUAUUGAACAGAGUAUAUCCUAUCUCAAUAGGGAAUUGACAACAUUGGGCUUUCCUUCUAUUUAUGCCGAGUCCAAAGGAAAAGAAUUAAAUUUAAUAUCUAUCAUAAAUUGCAUGAAUGAAUUGCUCGUACUGCAGCACAAGAACCUUCGAGCUCAGGAAGAAGUAGAAAUGCAGCAUCUGAAACUGGGUAGUGAUAUGGAUCACUUACAGAACUGCUAUACUAAACUAAAGGAACAGCUGGAAUCAUCUAAAAGGGAAAUAGUUGGACUUCAGGAAAGAGACAGACAACUGCAAAGCAAGAACCGAAAUUUGCACCAGUUACUUAAAAAUGAAAAGGAUGAAGUACAGAAGCUACAGAACAUAAUUUCAAGUAGAGCUACACAGUACAAUCAUGAUAUGAAGAGGAAAGAGAGAGAGUAUAACAAAUUAAAGGAACGUUUACAUCAAUUAGUCAUGAACAAAAAGGACAAAAAGAUAACUAUGGAAGUUCUAAAUUAUGUUGGUAGAGCUGAUGGGAAGAGAAGUGCAUGGAGGACUGAUAAGACAGAUGCCAGAAAUGAAGAGGAGAUGUACAAAGUUCUAUUAAGUGAUUAUGAACAACGCCAAAAACAGCUUUUGAUGGAAAAUGCUGAGCUGAAAAAAGUUCUUCAGCAGAUGAAGAAAGAGAUUAUUUCACUUCUCCCACCACAGAAACAGAAACCUAAAGAAAGGUCUGAAGAUGGGCCAGUGCUGUCAGAUCUGGAGGAAGAUAUUGGAGAGUUAAAAGAGAAUAUGUGGGAACUGUCCUGUGAAACUGUCAGAGAGCAGCUUACCAACAGCAUUAGAAAACAAUGGAGAAUGCUGAAAAAUCAUGUUGAAAAGCUGGAUAACCAAGUGUCACGUGUACAUUCAGGAGCUUUGGAUGAAAAAGAUGUCAUUUCAAGGGAAGACCACGAGCUGGAAACUGAAAAGCUGGAGUUAGAGAUUCAGCAAUGUAAAGAAAUGAUCAAAACUCAGCAACAGCUCUUACAGCAGCAGCUUAUGUCUCCAUGUGACGAUGACACCACUCUGUUACUACAGGACUGCUAUUUGUUGGAAGAAAGAGAGCGUCUUCAGGAAGAAUGGAGACUAUUUCGAGAACAAAAAAAGAAUUUUGAGAAAGAACGAAGAAGUUUCACAGAAGCUGCUAUUAGAUUAGGACUUGAGAGAAAGGCAUUUGAAGAAGAUAGAGGAGCGUGGCUGAAGCAACAGUUCUUAAGUAUGUCUACUGAUUACAAGCACUCUGAAAACGUGACAACUCCAAGUGCCUUCCUAGGAAGUUCUGACCAAGACAAUAGGUUAGUGAAAUCUACAUCUCAAAGAAAACCUCACUGUAUGUUGAGUGGUCCUGUUUCAGCAGAACCUUGCCAGACAUCUCGUUCCAGUGCUGCAUCAAAAAAACCUGCUGCAGAUAGCAAGCCAAAUCAGUGGGUGGAAAGCGACAAAGAAGAAGCUGAGUAAUGCACAAAGUCGUGGGAAGACUCUGGAGUUGGCACUCUGCUAUGUAGAAGCUUGCACAUAGAACAACUGCCUUAGACUCCCUAGGGUUGCCUGCUGGGGUUUUUGUUAGAGAUUUGUUCAUAAAUUAUUCUAAAGUGAAACAGAAUGCUGUGAGUUUGAUCAUUCUUCUAGAGGAUUAUGUGGUGAUCUGAAUUGUGGCGUGUGUGUGUAUGUGCGUGCACAUGGCUUUUAUUUUUUAGACCAUUUUUUGCCUCUUUCUUGCAACCCUUGAAAGAAGACAACUUAGAAAUAUAUACAAGCUUUGAUAUUUUUUCUAGUUACAGAAGCUCUGAUUCUGUGAAUGAAGCAAUGGUCUGAAACUUUGACUGCAAUGAGAUAUUGGAUCCUAAUGUUACCUUUCAUCACAGGCAGAGAUAGAGCACUUUUAGAAAUUGUUUAAUUAUUGUAAACAUUCAUUUGUCUCAAAUGUAACUGGCAUUAAAUCUUUUUUUGCCUCAACUUGAAUGUACAGUAUACUGUAGAUUUUUAACAAAACAGGUUCUAUAUUUAUUGUGUGAUUUGAAAAUACCUCUUUGAUAUUUCAGAUGACUUAAAGUGCAAAAUCUUUAUAUAUUUGUAAAUAGGCAAAGUGGUUAUGCUGGGAAACCAUUAAAUGAAACAUGUGCAUACAUAAUAUUUUACAUGGCAUUUAAAAUUGUUUUAUAGUGACACUCAGUUUACAGAUGCAUUAGAACUUUCAAUGGUUCAGUCAGGAACUAAAUUAUUUCAAAUGUGAUAAAUAAAUGUGUAAUUCUAUUCUAAGAAA